UUUGACAAUUAUUUGUUAUUAUUUUUUUAGCAUGACAAAUGAUUUCGGAAAUUAAUAAAUAAUAAUAUAUAAUAUUGAUAAAUAUAUUAAUUUGACCACCACAAAUUCCAUAAAAUGGAGGAGAUUAAUUCGAAUAACACCAUUAAAGACUCAAAUGGUGUAUGUUCCAAGACGAAUAAUGAAGAUACCGGCUUUACCUCCUGCAGCACACAUUUGGAUAUCAAAGGUAGAAAAGUGACAGUGCGCAUGCUGCGUAUGAAUUUGGGAAACUUGGUUUUCAUAUCUCCACAAGGCAAGGAAAGCGUUAAUGAAAUGGGUGUUGCAUUCCCAGCACUAAAUAUUGGCGCAUUGUCAUCAAGUACAACAUUAUUCGGUCCAGAAUACGCUUCCAAUUCACAACGCUUAGCAGAUUUAUGGAGCAAACGUUACAAACGGCAAUUUAUAGUAAGCUGUAAUAUACAAACCAAUGACAUUGAUGGUUCUAAUGUAGAAAAGGCUAUAAGCGACUGGAUCAGCGCAAAUGUGUAGGAAAAAAGGAUGGCAAAGGGUUUCAGUAAUACAACAUACUGCCACAACAGUAGUAUUAAUAAAAAAAUAUGUCGAAUUUCCUUCUUGCUAAAAAGUUUACAAAACAUAAAUUUGAAAUAAAACCUUUAUACCAGUUAAAUAUAUAUAUUAAGUGCAAAACAUUUAAUACUUAAAAGUACUUUAAUAAAACUUAUUUAAAAA